AGCGCGGAAACAGGCCCACCAGGUCCGCGCCGACCAGCGAUCCCCGCACAUUAACACUGUCCUACACACACCAGGGACAAUUUUACACUUAUGCCAAGCCAAUGAACCUACAAACCUGCACGCCUUUGGAGUGUGGGAGGAAACCGAAGAUAUCGGUGAAAACCCACGCAGGUCACGGGGAGAACGUGCAAACUCCGUACAGACAGCACCCGUAGUCAGGAUGGAACCCGGGUCUCUGGCGCUGUGAGGCAGCAACUCUACCGCUGCGCCACUGUGGCUGCCCCUAGGCUACAGUGGGCAACACUGCUGUUUGGUUGUUGUGUGCAACGGUUCUGAAACUUGUCAUCUUUUGUCUCAGUAACGAUGCUAUUGGACCCAACAUUAUCUCCGGCAGGGACCUGCUGGAAAAGGCGGACUUCUACGCUCUGCAAUGGAGAGCUUCUGAUGUUGGUCUCGGUGGUAACCUUUGGCUUCUGCUGUCUUAUUUGCUUUAAGUCGCUGCACAUAAAACAGUACAGCACAAGAACAGGCCCUUCGGCCCACAAUGUCUGUGCCGAACAUGGUGCCAAGACUGUCUCUUAUCUGAGUUUGAAGAAGAGAUCAUCCCGAAAGAUCACCUAGUCAUACAGUCAUGGAGUCGUACAGCGUGGAAACAGGCCCCACGGCCCAACUUGCCCACAACGGCCAACAAUGUCUCAGCUACACUUCUCCCACCUGACUGCGUUUGGCCCAUAUCCCUCUAAACCUGUCCUAUCCAGGUACCUGUCCAAAUGUUUCUGAAACAUUGUGAUGAUAUCUUCUUUUUCACCAGAGAUGCUGUCUGUCCCGCAGAGUUACUCCAGUAUUUUGUGUCUAUCUUCGGUGUAAACCAGCAUCUGCAGUCCCUUCCGAUGCCAUCUCAUACAUAACUGCGCGCAAUCCAUAUCUGACUGUCUACCCGAUCUAUGCCUCUGAAUAUUUUUCAGUCAAAUAUCAUAAACCUAAGUAAACCACAAAGUGCUGGAGAAACUCAGCGGGCCAGGCAGCAUCUGUGGAGGGAACCGAUUCAUAUAUUGUCUUUCUGCUGACCAGAUAGCACGCAACGAAAGCUUUUCACUGUACCUCGAUACAGGUGACUAUGAACGAAACUUGAACACAAACACUUUGUCUUUUUAGUAAGCGCAGUAAGUGCAGGACUCAGUGGGCCUGUUUUUGCGCUGUGUCUCUAAACUAAACAAAAAUUAUACACAUAAAAUUAUAAAAGGACUGGACAAGCUAGAUGCAGGAAAAACGUUCCCAAUGUUGGGGGAGUCCAGAACCAGGGGCCACAGUCCAAGAAUAAAGGGGAGGCCAUUUAAAACUGAGAUGAGGAAAAACCUUUUCGCCCAGAGAGUUGUGAAUUUGUGGAAUUCUCUGCCACAGAGGGCAGUGGAGGCCAAUUCACUGGAUGAAAUUAAAAGAGUGUUAGGUAGAGUUCUAGGGGCUGGUGGAAUCAAGGGAUAGGGGGAGAAGGCAGGCACGGGUUACUGAUUGUGGAUGAUCAGCCGUGAUCACAAUGAAUGGAGGCGCUGGCUCGAAGGGCCGAAUGGCUUACUCCUGCACCUAUUGUCUAUGUUUCUUUGUUUCUAUGAAAAUAGCGCCAAAACAUGGCCGCCUCUUGCAAGUGGUCUCAGUGGACAGUUUCUGUCCACUUUGCCAAGCGGGGAUUAUGCGUAGAUAUGGCAAUACUUGACUGAACUGUAUGUAAAAAUAGAAUUUUAAUGAGCGUUUGCACAUGAGAUAAUAAAAUACCAUUGACCAUUGAUAUUGACCUUAAUUCACAGAAGAUUCAUUUUCUUCAGUGUAAUGUGUUCUUUUUUUAAUUGUGAGUUAGUAACAAAGGUCUGAAGUUGGUAAUAAUAAUAAUAAUACAAUUUAUUGUCAUUGUAAAUACCUACGACAACAUUUCAGGCGCACUGCGCUUACUGUAAACCAGUAAGUGCAGGACUCAGUGGACCUGUUUUCGCGCUGUGUCUCUAAACUAAACGAAAAUUAUACAUAUAAAAUUAUAAAAGGACUGGACAAGCUAGAUGCAGGAAAAACGUUCCCAAUGUUAGGGGAGUCCAGAACCAGGGGCCACAGUCUCAGAAUAAAGGGGAGGCCAUUUAAGACUGAGAUGAGGAAAAACCUUAUCUCCCAGAGAGUUGUGAAUUUGUGGAAUUCUUUGCCACAGAAUGCAGUAGAGGCCAAUUCACUGGAUAAAUUUAAAAGCGAGUUAGAGCUCUAGGGACUAGCGGAAUCGAGGGAUAUGGGGAGAAGGCAGGCAUUUACUAGUAAUAGGUGAUACUUCAAAAUAUGUGCAGCAAACUUUUUCAUGCACUAUCAAAGUGUAAGAUAAGGUGCAAAUAGGUUUACUUUCUGUGUAAGAAAAGACAAGAUUUGGAGGGAUAUGAACCAAACGCAGGCAGGUGGGACUAGUGUAGCUGGGACAUGUUAUCCGAUGUGGGCAAGUUGGGCCGAAGGGCCUGUUUCCACACUGUAUCACUCUAUGACUCAAUGACAAAGUGCUGGAGUAACUCAGCGGGUCAGGCAGCAUCUCUGGAGAACAUGGAAAGUAUGUUUCGGGUGGCGACCCUUCUUCAGACUGGCAUCUGAACAUGGAUCCUACUGUUAGUCUUCAGACUGACUAUUCUUCAGACUUUAUACCAAUCUGAAGAAAGAUCCCGACCCGAAAUGUCACCUAAUCAUGUUCACCAGAGAUGCUGCCUGACCCGCUGAAUUACUCCAGCACUAGCAGAGAAUUGUGGACGCAGCCCAGACCAUCACACAAACCAACCUCCCUUCCAUCUACACCUCACACAGCCUCGGCAAGGCCGACAGCAUAAUCAAGGACCAGUCGCACCCUGGCCACUCCCUCUUCUCCCCUCUCCCAUCGGGCAAGAGGUACAGAAGUGUGAAAAGCCACACAUCCAGAUUCAGAGACAGUUUCUUCCCAGCUGUUAUCAGGCAACUGAACCAUCCUACCACAAGUGGUCCUGACCUACCAUCUACCUCAUUGGUAACCCCGUUGGACUAUCUUUGAUCGGACUUUACUGGGCUUUAUCUUGCACUGCAUGUUGCUCACGUUAUUCCCUUUAUCGUGUGUCUAUACGCUGUAAAUGGCAUGAUUGUAAUCACGUAUUGUAUUUCCGCUGACUGGUUAGCAUGCAACAAAAACCUUUCACUGUAGCUCGGCACAUGUGACAAUAAACUAAACUCAAAAUCAAACUCAAACACUACGAGUCUAUUUUUGUAAACAAAUGUGUAGUUCCUCGUUUCUCCUCUUUACUUCCUGGGCAUUUUUGCUUAACAAGAUUUCAAUAUUUCCUUUGAGUUCUUGUAUUGCUAAAUGUUGCACCUGGAGUAUUGCGUACAGUUUUGGUCUCCAAAUCUGAGGAAGGACAUUAUUGCCAUAGAGGGAGUGCAGAGAAGGUUCACCAGACUGAUUCUAUGGAUGUCAGGACUGUCUUAUGAAGAAAGACUGGAUAGACUUGGUUUAUACUCUCUAGAAUUUAGGAGAUUGAGAGGGGAUCUUAUAGAAACUUACAAAAUUCUUAAGGGGUUGGACAGGCUAGAUGCAGGAAGAUUGCUCCCGAUGUUGGGGAAGUCCAGGACAAGGGGUCACAGCUUAAGGAUAAGGGGGAAAUCCUUUAAAACCGAGAUGAGAAGAACUUUUUUCACAAAGAGAGUGGUGAAUCUCUGGAACUCUCUGCCACAGAGGGUAGUCGAGGCCAGUUCAUUGGCUAUAUUUAAGAGGGAGUUAGAUGUGGUCCUUGUGGCUAAGGGGAUCAGAGGGUAUGGAGAGAAGGCAGGUACGGGAUACUGAGUUGGAUGAUCAGCCAUGAUCAUAUUGAAUGGCGGUGCAGGCUCGAAGGGCCGAAUGGCCUACUCCUGCACCUAAUUUCUAAGUUUCUACGUUCCUUUGAAGCAAAUGGCAGAAAUAAAGCCAGGAUUUAAAAAUAAUUCUAGUUACUACCAGGAAAGGGAAGUGCCACGGUUAAGGAGCUUUAAGCGUUAUGCAACGGGAUAUUCUUAAUGGUGUAGAGUGCUUUAUUAGCUCAGCCCUCCUUACCUUCUUCCCCGCCCCCUCUCCUAAAUCCUUCCUUAGCUUAAUCCAGCUUUAAAAACCUUUUCUUUAAACACAAGACAAUCUUCACAAAUGCAUUUGUAUGUAUGUGUCGUGUUGUCUGUAAUAUUCCCUCCCAAUCCAUAAGCUCUCAACAUGGAAGAAACAUAUCUGACAAAUAUAGAAGGCGUUAGGAAGACGAUUCUUCACGGAGGAACUGGUGAACUACCAACAUUUCUCACCGGAUCCAAAGUCACGUUUCAUUUCCGGACGAUAAAAUGUGACGGGGAUCGGACGGUCAUCGAUGACAGUAAGCAAGUUGGCCGGCCAAUGGAAAUAGUUCUGGGCAACAUGUUCAAGAUGGAGGUCUGGGAAAUUCUCAUCGCAUCCAUGAGGAUCGCAGAGGUUGCUGAGUUCUGGUGCGAUGUGAUCCACACAGGACUGUACCCGACAGUCGCCAAGAGUCUGCGGCGUGUUGCCGAGGGAAAGGAUGCCACGGACUGGCACAUUCACACCUGUGGUCUGGCCAAUAUGUUUGCCUACCACAGCCUGGGAUAUGAUGACCUGGAUGAGCUGCAGAAAGAGCCACAGCCUCUCAUCUUCAUCAUUGAACUGCUCAAGAUCGAGUCACCCAGCGCGUACAAACGGGAAACCUGGGCCCUGAACGACGAUGAGAAACUGCAGGCCGUUCCCCUGCUACACGGCACGGGCAACAAGCUCUACAAACUCGGCAGGUAUCCACAGGCGCUGGCAAAAUACCGCGAGGCAGUUAUCUGCCUCAUCAACCUCCAAGUAAAGCUGAAGCCCUGGGAGAUUCAAUGGCUGAAACUGGAGAAGAUGGUGGUCACUCUAGUUUUGAACUACUGCCACUGUCUCUUGAAGAUGGAAGAGUAUUACGAAGUGUUGGAACAAACCACCGACAUCCUCAACAAGCACCCAGGCACGGUCAAAGCCUACUUUCUUCGGGCCAAGGCCCAUGCAGAGGUGUGGAAUGAAGCACAGGCCAAAGCAGAUUUUGACAAGGUUUUGGAGUACGACAUCGGAAUGGCCAAAUCCGUGAAGAAGGAGUUACGGAUUCUAGAUUCCAGAAUGAGGGAUAAGGAAGAGGAGGAGAAGCUGCAAUUCAAGAGGAUGUUUCAAAAAUGAAUUUGCCACCAAACCAUGAAAAUGCACCAUUGUGGUCAAUGAGACCUUACAAAAAGUGUAGUCAACCUGUUUUCAAUUGGAGAGUCUUUCUCUUUCAAACUUGUUCCACUUGUUGAACCUAAACCUUCUUAACAUGUUAGACAGAACUAUUUCAAUAGGCAUUGAGAUGUGGGGAGAUAUUAUUCUUUAGUAGACAUUCUUAAGGCAACAUAAAACAAAAAUGUGGAUUAUAGCAAUCAGAAUGUUUAUGCUAUUUAGUAUUUAGUUUUAGUUUUAGAGAUACAGCGCGGAAACAGGCCCUU